AUGUCGUAUCGUGUAAACGAGGUGGAUCUGGAGUUUGUCAAGAAACAAGCGACAAAAGACCGUUCUGGAACAAAGUAUCCGAAAUGUUUCAAAGUUGAAGUAGAUGUCACCAAAGUGAAUCUUCCUAUAAUAAAGGACUGGAUUACGAGAACAAUCUCGGAACAUUUGCCAGACGACGAUAUUGUAGCCGAUUACGUGUACGAGCUUUUGGUUGCCAACGAGAAAAAUCCAGACAUCAAGGGGAUCCAUUCUCAAGUACAAGAUUUCUUGGGCAAGGAAGAGUCACUUGUUUUCUGUGAAAAGUUAUGGAAGCUAUUGAUCAGCGCCCAGGACGACGUUGAUGGGAUUCCGAAAGAGAUUCUCGAGGAGCGGAAGAAGGAAAUGGAGCAGAAGCAGAAAAGUGUGGAGGUGGAGAAAAGCAGAACUAACUACAAUCGUACUCAAUCUAGCUAUGGAGAGAGCCAGAGCAGAGAAAGAGUUAUGAGAGAAAGAGAAGGAGUAAGGGGAGAGAGAAGUAGAGAACGAAUUCGCACAGAUAAACAGCCAAGCAGAGACCGCAAUGGAUAUCCAGAACGAGAAUAUAGAGACCGAGAUGAGUACAGAGACAAAGAUAGGUAUGGGGCAAGAGGUCGCAGACGAGACACCCGAGAUCGCAGCCGUUCGCGAGAAAGAGCCAGAACAUGA